AUGAGUUCGGAGCCGCCGAUGGCGGAGGCUCGCGAGGAGCAGCCCGACGCAGCUAUCGAGGAGCUGCCCUUGGAGAGAGGCAGCCAGACGCCGCCAGGCGCCGCCCUGGGGGAGGUGCAGCCAGACGCCGCCGCGAGGUCGGAGCAGCCCGACGCCGUUGGAGAACGGCCGCAGCAUUCGCCAACCGAGAGCGCUGACGAGGACAUGCCGACCGAACCUGCCAGCCAACCGCAGGUCGACGCCCACCUCGCCAUGAUGGCCAUGCCAGUCGGCGCGACCCAGCCAACGGGCGACGACGACCGCAGCGCGGCUACGGAGACGCCAGACAGCGUGCAGGUCAAGGCAGAGGACGGCGACUGCAUAGGCUUGUGGCGGAUGGAGACCGACAGCGUGCACCCUUCCGAGAUGAGCCUCGCGGCCGAUCGCUUGGUGCAGAAAGUUUGCGAGGUCCUCCCGCCCGUGAGCGACGAUGAGGAGACGCCCGUGCCCGACGCUGGGGAUCGAGGCACGCUGCCCCUGGUCUUGACCGAGACCCCCGCGCCGCCGUCGCCCGAGACGCCCUUCCUCACGCUGCCGCGCGCCCCGACGCGCACGCCGCUGCAUGCGGCGAGCCGCGCUCCGCGGCCCAGCGCAGCGCCGCAGCGCGUGCCAGCUGGCGGAGUGGAGCCGCCGUUCGCGCGCAGCAGCACCGCCUCGCGACCAGCACCCGGCAGGGCCCAGCAGCGGCGGCCGCUGAUCGCACCCAGCAGCAGCCCCGAUGCUAGUGCCAGCCUUGCGGAGGGCCCGCCAGCAUACGCUAGCGCAGAACCGCCUGCAGACAGCGUGGAGCGGCCCCAACAGAGCAGCGCCGCGGGACCCGCGGAGCAGCUGCCAACGCCAGGGGGGCCAGCGGAGGCUCGAGGGCCCGUGGCGCCCGCGCCCAGCGGCGGCGGCCUCGUGCAG